AUGUCAAUCCCCAAUGAAGCACUGCAGAAGCUUCUGCAAGAGAUCGAGGCGAAGGCAUCAUUCUCCCAACAGCAACUUGGCAUAGUCAAGGCCCAAAUCGUGGCGAAGAACCGGGAGAGCCGAAUGCUCCAGUUGACUACGAGCGAGGUCGUGUCGCUGCCAGAGACGACUAAUGUGUAUGAAGGCGUCGGAAAGAUGUUUGUGUUCAGUCCUCCAGCAGAUGUGAAAGAGAGGCUCGCAAGCGAGACUGCGGCGCUGGAAAAGGAGAUGGUCAACCUUGAGAAGAAGCUCCACUACCUGGACACGACAUACAAAAACAGCCAACAAGGCAUCGAACAGCUUCUGCGAUCAGGAGGUGGUUGAAAUCGAGCUACGAGUGCAAUGUUUAUGAGUUUUACGAUACGCCAACUUCCGAAGUCUAGGAGCGAAAUCAAACAUCAAAGAGACACUAAUCACCGCGUCCGCGGCCAGGGGUUGAAGUAAAGGCUUCAGAUAGGAAUUAUGCACCGAUUUCACAGGUCUUCUAGGGGCUUUUUAUUGACUAGCAGUGCCGCUAUUGAAUCACAGUCACUGUCGUCAAUCUUUCCAAUAGUCAUCUGUAUACACACUCUUUCCACUAUCAAGGAUGCUUCAACACGCUUUUGAAAUCUGAGAAGAUCAAAGCCGCCCAUUUUGAACGAGCCAUAAUCUCACUGCACCACCACUUCAGGCAGCGGUAUAUGCAACUUCCUAGGCCAAAUAAAU